AUGGAGUAUGAAUAAGAAGAACUAUUCCCCUCACUUCUUUUGUGUCUUUCCUCCUCCAAUCCUCUCUUGUAGUUGCUUACAUUUCCAUUAGUUUUAUAACACGUUAUCAGCACCAGACUCUUCCUUUUGAAAAGGUUAAAUUCACAAUUGUUCUGCUCAAGGUAUGUCGAUUCUCCCAAAUUGUUUCUUUUAUUGUCCUAUUUCAAUUUACAUAAUUUCAUUUAUUAAUCAACACAUGAAAUCUUUGUUUGAGAAUGCAAAGGUAUAAUUUCCUUCUUAAUAUUUUUUUUAUUUUGAAAUUCGAAUUUAUUUAUAUAUUUGUAAAAAUAUCAAAUUGAUAUAUGAUGGGUCACAUAAGUCGUUUGUCUUGAUAGUAAUCUAUAUUUAUUUAUUGAAUUUUGACUUUAAUUUGUGUAUAUUUUUUUAUGAUAGUAUGUCGAACCUUUCAAAGCUUGAGUUUGUGGCUCUUGAUGUCACUGGAAAGAAUUACCUAUCAUGGGUGCUAGAUGCUGAAAUUCAUUUAGCUGCCAACGGUCUUGGAGAUACGAUUAAAGAGGGCAAUGAAGCAUCAGAUCAAGACAAAGCUAAAGCAAUGAUCUUUCUUCGACAUCACCUCCACGAGGGAUUGAAGAAUGAGUAUCUUACGGUCAAAGAUCCACUUAUUUUGUGGACUAAUUUGAAGGAGCGGUAUGACCACCAAAAAACUGUGAUUCUUCCUAAGGCUCGUUAUGAUUGGAUGCAUUUGAGGUUACAAGAUUUUAAAUCUGUGAGUGAUUAUAAUUCGGAGCUAUUCAAAAUAACCUCACAACUACUGUUAUGUGGAGAAAAUAUUACUGAUGAAGAUAUGUUGGAAAAAACAUUCUCCACUUUUCAUGCAUCCAAUGUGCUCCUGCAGCAGCAAUACCGUGAGAAAGGUUUCAAGAAAUAUUCUGAGCUGAUUUCUUGUCUCCUUGUUGCUGAACAAAAUAAUGAGCUCCUAAUGAAAAAUCACCAAUCUCGUCCUACUGGUGCCGCCCCAUUCCCAGAAGCGAAUGCGGCGACGUUCACCCAAUAUCCUUAUGGGCAAAUACAUGGACGUGGACAUGGACGAGGACGUGAGCGUGGUCAUGCUCAUGCUCGAGGUCGUGGCCGUGGCCGAGAUCUUGGCCGUGGCAAUGGUCGUGGUGAAAGUUCCAAAAGCUCAUUUUUUCCCCAGAAGUGGAAAAAAUGAUGGUAGGAGAAGCAAGGAACAAAGUGUUCAUGGUAACAAACACGUCGAAAAUGUGUGUUACCGUUGUGGUGGAAAAGGUCAUUGGUCUCGUACCUGUCGUACGCCAAAACACUUGGUUAACCUCUACCAAGAAUCAUUGAAAGGGAAGAAGAUAGAAACCAAUUGUAUUUUUGAGGAAGAUGAUUCAGGAAAAGACUAUAAUUAUGCUACUCAUCUAGAUGUGUCCGACUUCUUUGCCCACCCUGAAGGAAAAAUAGAUCACCUAAUUGGUGAUGGGAAUGUUCGCAAGUGAAAAACUUAGCAUUUCCAUUUGAAAUUUCUAUUUCGUUGUCGCUUUGUUCACAAGUGAAAAGUUUGGGUUUCCCAUUUGAAAUUUCACUUUCUUUGUCGUUUUCCUUGAGUGUGUUUUUCUUAUUAAUGUGUCAGUUUAAUAUAAUUUCUCUUUAUAA